AUGACAGACACGCGUCAGUUCGGUGAUCUUGCAACUCAGCUCAUUGCCGAAUCUCGUAGAUCGACCCUAACAGACACUCUUCUCAAAUACAACGACAAUCUUGUCCGAUCCAUCAUCCGGGAACAACGCGAUCUCGAAAAAAUGACCGAAAACAAUCAGAACGUCACUCCAGCGAUGCUCAUCUAUCAAACAACCAUUGUACGAAACAAAAGAUGUCUUCUAGCAUAUCACAAGCACCGUAUGGAUAGACUGCGCGAUAUGUACUGGACCGCAGGAGGCGCUUUACCGCAUAUCCUCAGCAAUCAGGAUAUUCGCAGCAAGCUCUCUCCUCAUGAAGUCGACUUCCUCCGCCAAUACAGCACGUCUGUGAUGGAUUAUCGUGCUGGUUUUUCCAACGAGCUCGAUAUCACAGCUAGUAUCACACAUCCGCCCAAAGACUUGCAUGUUCUGGUUCACGUUAUCAGGGAUUGUGGGAUCAUACAGACAGAGCUCGGGACCAUCGAUUUUCAGAAGGGGCAGAGAUUCAUGGUUAGGAGGGCUGAUAUCGAACACCUCAUUGUGCAAGGUUAUCUCGAGGAAGUUUGA